UAAUUGGGACUUAUUACGGGGUUUUUUCGUAAUUUAUCCUAAUUCUUAUGUUCACAGUUCACACUCAAAAUCUAAAACUUGUUCAAUCACCAAUAGGAUUCUAUCUCCGCCGCUCUCAGCCUCUCACCGGCACCGGCACCGGCACCGGCACCGGCACCGGCACCGACGUCCUUCUUCCGCCGACGAAUUCGUCGUCCCUUAUCCCUUCUCCAACUACGUCGCCAUGGAAUAAACCCCAUCACUACAAAGGCAGAAGGCUUUUCCCCUUGUUUAACGUUUCUGCUGGCACUAUACUUUACGGCGGCGAUAACGAUGGUAGCAUAUUUAUUUAUGGGUGUUCUUAUGUUAUAAUUAUUUUCUGUUUGGUGUGCUCAAUUCAAAUUUUGCUGUACAGAAACAGAAAUUGUUUGGUGUUGGCUGUUGGUUUUCAGAAAUUUGCUGUUGUUUGGUAUUGUGCGCAUCAGGUUUUCUGUAAUCGGAUUUGUAAUUUUUCUGAUUUUAGCAGCCAUAAAUUGUAAUUCCCCCAUUUUGUUAUGGAGGUAACGAAACAGUACAACCAAAUGCGACGGAAUCCUUUGUCGCGUGGGGAACAAAACCCAUCCUCAAUUGAUAGGCUUAGCGAUUUGCCGGAUUCGGUCCUCACUCACAUCCUCUCGUUUCUCCGGCCGACUUAGUUUUCCGCAAGAACCAGCGUUCUCUCUAGAAGAUGGAGGUACCUCCGGACCGAUGUCCCCGUUAUAGAAUUCUUUGGGGAAAAUCAAGACUUUGUCGAAAUGUUCAUGCUGCGGCAUAGAUUGCAAAGCAUUAUUACUUUCGACCUCGAGAGGUGCGUGAGUCAGAUAUGGGACGAGCAUAAUCUCCUGAAAUGGGUCACCUCCGCCAUUACCUUCUCGGCGCCUCUUCACCUGCAAAACCCUUGUUAUUUGACGUUCGUUUCAUGUGACGUAGUUCCCAUGGGCGGCGCAGUGUGUUUGCCUCGCCUUAAGAAGAUUAGUCUGCUCGGCGUUGAAUUGGAGGCUGAUGAGGCCCUCCCUCACCUACUUUCCGGUUGUCCGGUGCUUGAGGAGUUGGUAAUGGAUUCAUUCACGUAUUUGGGUUCUUGUAUUAUAUCUUCACCCACGAUGAAAAGGCUCACUCUCAAUUUUGGAGAGAGUAGUGAUAAAUUUAACAGACUGGAGAUAAAUUCCCCUGCACUUGGUUAUCUCGUGUUUGAUCAUCGGUUACCCGUGCAUAUGAAAUCCGAGCCACUAACCUCCUUAGUUGAAGCAUAUAUUAGUCUUUUCGAAGAUGAGGAACAAGACAGUUUUCUUUAUUCUCAAUUGCUUCUGGAAUUUAUUAAUAGACUUUGCAACGUCAAGUCCCUAAAAUUAGAUUUAUCAUUUUGUCCCCAGGUAUAAGCUUUCGAUCUUUCACCGGCUCUCAUUGUAUGUUUCUUUAUUGAUCGUAAUCUUAUAUACUGUCUUUUGUGCAUUUGUUUAUAGAUUGUUGACUCAGUACUCUGUUUGGGCUAUGAAAUUUCAUAACUUAACCAACUCAAAUUGGCUGCUGGUGAUUGUCGUUUUCGCUUAAAGUUCCUCGGAAAUGCUGAUAAUCUCGAAGUCCUUAUUUUUCGGCAGGUUCGUUGAUGCAGCUUUUCUUUUUCAUUUCU